AUGGUGCAGACGGUAAUCCCGCUCAUUUCCCAUACAACAAACCCAUCUGUGGCCCAGCCUGUGCGUCGGUUGGACCCAUUUGCACCUAUUCACGCGACUACCUCGGCACCCCCCAGUUCACCCCAGGCCCGGGUGUUUCCCCUGGGAAAUCAGGCGGGGGGAAACCCUCCCGGUCGACCCGAGCAUGAGGCGAUGUCUACGGAAUCAGCGAGCUCUCUUCGGGUCCAACUGCACUUUCUCAGUCAACGACUCGAAGAAAUACAGAGAGAGGUCCGAACCUCAAAGGGGGAGCCUGGGGACGAGGCGCGCCGGGGGUCACCGUUCGCGGUCGAAAUACGGGAUCAGCCGGUGCCCGCAAGCUUUCGACUCCCCUCCCUGGACGCCCAUGACGGCACCACCGACCCCGCCGACCACGUGGCCGCCUUUCGGGCUCAGAUGAUGCUAUACGGAACCUCUGAUGCUUUGAUGUGCAAGGCGUUUCCCACGACCCUGAGAGGCUCGGCCCGCGCUUGGUAUAGCGGUUUGAAGACCGGGGGAAUCACCUCCUUCGACCAGCUCACCGAGGAGUUCGAGCUCAACUUCUUGGCUUUGGCUCGACCAAAGCCAUCCAUCGCCCUACUCCUCGGACUGAACCAAAAGGAGGACGAACCUCUCUCUCGUUUUGUGAACCGAUUCGCCACUGAAAUUCGAGGCUUAUCAGGUGCUCACCCCUCUUUAUUGAUGCAGGCAUUUAUGGCGGGUCUCUGUCCCUCUAGGUUCUUUUGGUCCCUUAUGGAACGACCCCCCACCGCUGUCUCAGAAAUGCUCCAGCGAGCCAAUCACUAUGUCGCGGUAGAAGCCUGGAUGUCCGGGAGACACGAGGAGAAUAAAAGGCCCCGGGCAGAACCACCGACUGGGCAGCUAGCCGAUGGGAAGGGGCUGCUCCGAACCCCCACCCCGAUGAGGAACCCCCAGGAGCUCGCGGACAAAAUGAGAUAUUGCCACUUCCACCGACAAAACGGGCAUGAUACGGAAGAGUGCCGCGAGCUGAAGCGACAGAUCGAGGAGCUGUUUCGAAGGGGGCAUCUCGGCCACUACCUACGGCAAAAUAAAGAGCUUUCCCCACGGCCCGAGGGCCCCGUCGAAAGGCAGAUUGAUGUCAUCACGGGCGGCCUAGCGUUUGGGGGAAACAGUAUGACUGGGCGGAAAGCAUACGCCCGCGCCCCAAUGGCCGAAGACCCCGGGCACGGGCCCGCGCCUGAGGUCACGUUUCCAGCUGAGAGAAUCGAACCGCCCGAACACGAUGACGCGUUGGUGGUGGCUGCCAGAAUCACCAACGCCCAA